CAAGCAGCGCCUGCCUGAGUCUGUUCUGCCCUUUCCCCACCCAGUCCACCACCACCAUGACACCAGGCACCCAGUCUCCUUUCUUCCUGCUCCUGAUCCUCACAGUGCUUACAGUUGUUACAAGUUCUGGUCAUACAAACUCUACCCCAGGCGGAGAAAAGGAGACUUCGGCUACCCAAAGAAGUUCAAUGCCCAUCUCUACUAAGAAUGCUGUGAGUAUGACCAGCAGACUCUCCAGCCACAGCCCCGUUUCAGGCUCCUCCACCACUCAGGGACAGGACGUCACCCCAGCCCUGGCCAUAGAACCAGCCACAGGUUCGACUACCACCUUGGGACACGAUGUCACCUCGGCCCCAGACACCAAUGCAGCCCCGGGCUCCGCCGCCCCCCCAGCCCACGAUGUCACCUCGGCCCCGGACACCAGUGCAGCCCCGGGCUCCGCCGCACCCCCAGCCCACGAUGUCACCUCGGCCUCAGACUCUGCAUCAGGCUCAGCUUCCACUCUGGUGCACAGCACCACCUCUGCCAGGGCUACCACCACCCCAGCCAGCAAGAGCACUCCAUUCUCAAUUCCCAGCCACCACUCUGAUACUCCUACCACCCUUGCCAGCCACAGCACCAAGACUGAUGCCAGUAGCACUCACCAUAGCACAGUACCUCCUCUCACCUCCUCCAAUCACAGCACUUCUCCCCAGUUGUCUCUUGGGGUCUCUUUCUUUUUCUUGUCUUUUCACAUUUCAAACCUUCAGUUUAAUUCCUCUCUGGAAGAUCCCAGCACCAACUACUACCAACAGCUGCAGAGAGACAUUUCUGAAUUGUUUUUGCAGAUUUAUAAACAAGGGGAUUUUCUGGGCCUCUCCAAUAUUAUGUUCAGGCCAGGAUCUGUGGUGGUACAAUCGACUCUGGUCUUCCGAGAAGGUACCACCAAUGUCCACGAUGUGGAGACACAGUUCAAUCAACGUAAAACGGAAGCAGCCUCUCGAUAUAACCUGACGAUCUCAGACAUCAGCGUGCGUGAUGUGCCAUUUCCUUUCUCUGCCCAAACCGGGGCUGGGGUGCCAGGCUGGGGCAUUGCGCUCCUGGUGCUAGUCUGUGUUCUGGUUGUGCUGGCCAUCGUCUAUUUCAUUGCCUUGGCUGUCUGUCAGUGCCGCCAAAAGAACUACAGGCAGCUGGACAUGUUUCCCGCCCGGGAUGCCUACCAUCCUAUGAGCGAGUACCCCACCUACCACACCCAUGGGCGCUAUGUGCCCGCUGGUGGUACCAAUCGUAGCCCCUAUGAGGAGGUGAGAUUGGGCCCCACAGGCCGGGGGAGGCAGAGGCUUUGGCUGGGCAAGGGUUCUGAAGGGGGUACUUGGAAAACCCAAAGAGCUUGGAAGAGGUGAGAAGUGGCAUGAAGUGAGCAGAGGAGGACCUGGCAAGGAUCGGGGGGCAGAGGUCAGAGGAGUUCUGGGGGACAGGCCUGGGAGGAGACCAUGAAAGAAAGGGGCCCUCAAGAGGGAGUGGCCCCACUACCAGAAUUCCUAAAAGAGCAUUGGCUGUCCACAUUCAUGCUGGCUGGCCCUGGCUGAACUGGUGCCACCACAGCAGUUUUGUUUUGUUUUGUUUGCACCCAGAGGCAAAAUGGGUAGAGCACUAUGCCCAGGGGAGCCCUUCCUGAGGAGUCACAGGGGUGAGCCCCUGUGCCCCUAAUCAUCUCCUAGGAAUAGAGGGUAGACCGAGAAAGGCUGGUGUAGGGGGAGGUUUCCCAGGUAGAGGAAGAAGUGUCAGCAGACCAGGUGAGCCUGGGUGCCAGUUGGGUUCUUGGGAGCUUCAAGGAAGUAAGGAACCCUCCCUCCUUCCUCUCCUGGCUUUUCUCUGUGGGACCUAGUAAAUAAUUACUGCAGCCACCUGAGGCUGGAAAACCACUCCAGGUUGGGGAGGAGAGAGGAGUUUAUUUUUCUUGCUUCUAUUUUCCUCGUCCUGGAGACCUCCCUCUCUCGGUUUUACAAAGACACAGAUACACACACACACACACACACACAUGCGCGCACACACACACACCUACACA